AUGAAGCGGACACAUCCACACGCAUACCUCCGCCAUUCUUUUCAGUCUCUGGAGUCUGGACUCCCUGCAGAUUUCCUCCACGAAAAGAAGAAAUUCCGAAUGAAAUAGAACUUUUCUUGUAACCAGAAGAACUCACUACUGAACGUGCAACGAGGGGAACUUUGAUUUAUCAUGGCGCUUCUUGUUCCUGGUGGGUGUGCAAGAUUGAGCCCUUCCAGCUCUUCGCGAGUAAGGAGUAGGAGAUUCGGUACGUUCGCUGCUCUAUCGACGCCUCGAAAGGAUGCAGUGGACUGGGUCGCGGCCACUUCGAGCUUCUUCGAGCAAGACUCGAGACCCAUCAUGUUGUUCGAUGGUGUGUGCAACUUAUGCAAUGGAGGUGUGAGGUUUGUUCGAGCAAAUGACAGAAAUAGGAGAAUCAGGUUUGAAGCACUCCAGAGUGAAGCAGGGAAGAAGCUUUUGAGGAGAUCUGGAAGAGAUCCGGAUGAUAUAUCAAGUGUUGUACUCGUUGAAGAGGAAAGGUCAUAUAUCAAAUCGGAUGCUGUGUUGAAGAUAAUGGAGUAUAUUGACUUGCCCUUCCCUCAACUGGCAUUCUUAUUGCAGUUUGUUCCCAUAUUUUUACGAGACUUUGCAUACGAUAACGUGGCGAACAACCGCUAUGCAUUCUUUGGCCGCUCAGAGUCGUGCGAGAUAUAGGCCUGUCGAGUUGAUGUGCAAGUUAAGAGGGCAAGCUUGGGUUCAGUCUCGACCUCAUCAAAUACUUAAAGCGUUCAAGAGAAGUAUGGGGAUUGAUAUGCAGAAGCUUCAAGCUACGGAUUGAAGAAAUUGUUCUGUUUCUAAUGCAUUUAGCUACAAAUAGUGGUCGAAAUGUUUUAGCUCAUAUGCAGAUAGUAUAAAGUAAUAGUCGAUGUUAAGAGAGAUACUUCAGCUCCUGUAUCUCCUAAUGCAAUAACAUUUGUGAUGAUAUUGACAAUUGCAAUAUAAUUGCCGGUGAGGAAUCAAGGAAA